CGCCGGCGGCGGCGCCGGUGGGGCCGGGGCAGCCCCGAGGCCGCGGGUCCCCCCGUGGCCAGGACGGAGCCGCAGGAGAUGGAAGCACCGGGAUGCACCGGCUCAGAACGGCUGGUGGUCCCCAAGGCGGAGGUGCCCCCCGAGGAUGAGAGGGAUGACCCAGGGGAGCCAGAGCUGCACGACUCAGAGCCGUGGCUGGUGCGGAAGGUGAAGGUGGAGGAGGAGGAGGAUGAGGCCGAGGCCUGGGCGGCCGCGGCCGGAACCGGGGCCCCGCUGGCGCCGCCGCCCCUGCCCGGCGCCCUCCCCCCCGAGCCCGCCGGGCCCCCGGGGAUGGCCGGCGCCUGCAAGGCGGAGGAGCCGUGCCCCGAGGAGCUGGGCUACGGGGUGCUGCCGGCCUGGGGGCCGGGGCCGCACCUGGACGGCAUCGGGAUCGCCUUCGGGAUGGGCGCCGGCACGGGCGCGGGGAUGAGCCCCGGCCCCGGCGGGCGCUGCUCGCAGCCCGGCCCGCGGCCCUUCUGCUGCCCGCAGUGCGGGAAGGCCUUCGGCAAGAAGGCGCACCUGACGCGGCACCUGCGGGUGCACACGGGCGAGCGGCCCUUCCCGUGCCCGCACUGCGGCCGCCGCUUCCGCCAGCGCAUCCACCUGCGCUCGCACCUGCGCACGCACACCGGCGAGCGGCCCUACCCCUGCCCGCGCUGCGCCCGCCGCUUCCGCAAGAAAACGCACCUGGACCGGCACCUGCGCACGCACACCGGCGAGCGGCCGCACCCCUGCCCGCGCUGCGCCCGCCGCUUCGCCCACCGCCAGCACCUGCUGCGCCACCUGCGCCUGCACGGGGACCCCGCCCCGGGCCACGGGGACGGGCACGGCCCUGCCGAGGAGAAGCCGCUGCCCUGCCCGGGGUGUGAGAUCGGCCUCGCCUGGAAGCGGAGCCCCGCGCCGCACCUGGGGCUGCACGCGGGAGCGGUGCCGGCAGCUGGGAACGGACACCUGGAUGAGUGCGGGGACGGGGACGGGGACGGCCCUGCCGAGGAGAAUCUGCUCAUUUGCCCCCAGUGUGGCACGGGCAUCCCCUGGAAGCAGAACUCAUCCUCGCACCUGUGGCAGCAUCUGGAGAGCCAAGCCCUCGGCUGUGCCCAGCACCCCCAGCACCCCCUGCAGCCCCCACAGGAGCCCGGGGCCCAGGACCCCCAGCACCCCCCACCGGUGCCCACGGCCGAGCCCCCCUUCGUGCAGGACCCCCAGCUCCUGCCACAGGUGCCCGGUGCCAACGGCAGCCACGGCUGUGCCCAGGACCCCACGCCCCUCCUGCAGCCCCCGCAGGCACCCGGUGCCCAGGACCACCAGCACCAGCCGCACGUGCCCGGUGCCAAAAGCAGCCAGGGCCACACCCAGGACCCCCAGGACCCGCAGGUGCCCCCUGCCCAGCGCCCCUUCGCGUGCCCCCAGUGCGGGCGCGGCUUCGGGCGCAAGGCGCACCUGGCGCGGCACCUGCUGGUGCACUCGGGCACGCGGCCCCACGCCUGCGCCCGCUGCGGCCGCCGCUUCAGCUCCAAGACCAACCUGGGCCGGCACCAGGCCGUGCACACGGGGCUGCGGCCGCACCACUGCGCCCGCUGCGGCCGCGGCUUCACCCGCAAAACGCACCUGGAGCGCCACGAGCGCACCCACGGCACCGGCACGGGCACAGGGACGGGCAUGGGGACGGGCACGGGGAUGGGGACGGGCACCACCGGUGCGGGGAUGGCCACAGCCACCUCUGCCACUGGCACCGGUGUCACUGGGUCCCAGCUGGGCUGGCCAGAGCCCCCCACCCUGUGCCCCUGAACGCCCGCAGGUGCCAGGGACUCCGGUGGAUGCCGGUGGUGAGUCCUUGGCGCUGCAGUGCCAGGAGGUGCUGGCAGGUGCCAUGGA